AUGAUGUCUUGUUCUAACCAUGUCCGUCACAAGACGGGCGAGAGCCCACAUCGAGAAAUAAUUCAAAUCUAUGCCGGCCAGUUCGGAUGUCAGCUGGCAAGCGCCUGUUGGGAACUCUUUGGCGUUGAACACAGAAUAGACGCGUCCGGUGUCUGCAAUUCAUCAUCUACUGAAAAGUCGGAUAAAGAAAAUAUGGACGAUUACGUACUUUACGGCCAGCUGCCGAACGGUCAUUUCGCCCCGAGGACCAUUAUCGCAGAUUCAGAGCCUUCCGUUGUGGACGAGAUCCGUGUCGGUGCUUACAGAAAUUUCUUCAGUCCAGCUCGCCUGAUAAGUGGCUAUGAAGAUGCUUCAUCAAACUUCGCGCGUGGCUAUUUCAGGAUCGGUCAAGAAAUCAUGCCGUCCACUUGGGAGGCUCUGCGCCACGAAAUUGAGAGCUGCGAACACCUGCAGGGCUUUGUCAUCUACCAGUCCCUGUCAGGUGGCACUGGUUCAGGCUUUGUGUCGUCCUUGCUAGAGAAGCUAGCCGAAGAAUAUCCUCGAUCACCGCGAAUCUCAGUUUCGCUUUUCCCAAGUCCCACGCUAUCCUGCUGCACGGUUGAGUCGUACAAUACCAUCUUAGCAUGUGGCGCUGGCUUCACAACUGCUGACAUAAACAUACUUUCAGAUAACGCCGCUCUAAUGAAUAUCUGCUUGGAUCAUCUCAACCUAAAAAGACCAACAUUUCCUAAUAUCAAUCGCGUCCUUGCUCAGGUCAGUGAUGUAAUCUUUUAG